CCGCCACGAAUUCUGCAUGCAGACAUGUUUAUGUUUACGGUGUUCAUUUGGAUCUAUGCACAACAUUAACUAGAACGGGCACUCGGUAGAGCGCAUACCUUCGCAUAUCACAAGAUUGGGCAUUGAAUUAUGAACAUUUUGGCAUUAGUUGCAUGCCAAUUGGAUAAAAAUUGACCGCGCUAUGGUAAAAAGAAGAUUUUGACCUUUUCACGACCUUGACCUUUGACCCGAUCGAUCAAAAAAUCUAAUCAAAUGGUCCCCGGAUAAUAACCAAUCAUCCCACCAAAUUUCAUGCAAUUCAAUGAGAUUUUGACCUUUUUCACGACCUUGACCUUUGACCUGAUCGAUCCCAAAAUCGAAUCAAAUGGUCCCCGGAUAAUAACCAAUCAUCCCACCAAAUUUCAUGCAAUUCGGUUUAAUACUUUUUGACUUAUGCGAAUAACACGCAUACAAAUACACGGCGAUCAAAACAUUACCUUCCGCAUUUUCAAUGCGAAGGUAAUUAUGUUUAUGUAUCUCUCAAUCGCAAUCCCACAUGGGAAUGUUCUUUACAUUCAAGAUGUCAACGUGUCCUCGUGGAGCUGAGCGAUUGGGGAUUGUGCUGCAAACUUCAUCUCAACGUGCACCCGAAACAAAUUAAAAAAUAAAAGCGUAACACCUCAAGAACUCGUCGCUUUAUUUGAGACAUUUCCUUUUCGGAUGCGUGGCUCCUCUGGGUUUAUUCAACACGGUUCCCCAUCGAUCUGAACAUUGUUUCCACUGAUUUGAGCCAACGUGACGCAGCACUGUCAAUACGGCUGUUAUCUAACUUAUAUGUGAAGGAGCGAGGGACAAACCAUUCCUCAAAGGUUAAAGGUUUUGUAAACGAAUCUUGAAACAUGUUUCCCUUCCAAAGGGCAUGUCAAAAAAAGAAUCUCUUCCGAAACCCCCAAAACAGUGAUCCAUUAAGUUAGGAGCACCGGAUUGUAGAGCAACAUAGAAGUCCCUUUUUUUGUGGAUAUUUCUCUUCCCAUCAGAACAACUUUGUUGUAGCCACUUGGACAUGAAGGCCUUCCAGCUGCUGCUCACCGUGCUCACGGCGGCCGCUCACGGUCAGUCCUUCCACCGCGGACGAUGCGCCCAGCCGCCGGUUCAAGAGGACUUCGAUGUCAAGAAGUAUAUGGGCACCUGGUAUGAAAUAGAGAAGCUCCCGGCUGCGUUUGAAGCGGGGCGAUGCAACCAGGCCGCGUACAGCCUGCGGCCCGACGGGACGGUCAGAGUGCUCAACGCGGAGCUGCUGUCUAACGGGAAGAGAAACACAAUUGAGGGUGUUGCCAGGGUAAAAAAUUCAUCUCAACCGGCUAUUCUAGAUGUCAGCUUCUUUAAAGGUGUCCCCGAUGACCCCUACUGGGUGCUCUCCACAGACUACCAGUCGUACGCUUUGGUGUACUCGUGUACCGACUACUUCCUUUUCCACGUGGACUUCGCCUGGAUCCUGUCGCGCACUCGGGCGCUGACCGAGGACGCCGUGAGCCGGUUACACGACACGCUGUCCUCGGCCGGCGUGAAGGUGAGCCGGCUCACGGCCAGCAACCAGACCGGAUGUGACCCGACCGGAGCCAGGAGGAACGACAGACCCAUCAUUGGAGUACUGGCUCAAGAAGUGAGCUUCCCAAAAGCCAAUCAGAUCUCGUACAUCGCCGCCUCUUACGUGAAGUCUCUGGAGUCGGCGGGGGCGAGGGUCGUGCCGGUCAUGAUUAACCAGACACCGGAGGAGUACAAGAAACUGUUCAACUCCAUUAACGGGGUCCUUUUCCCGGGAGGAGGCGCCAACAUCACGUCAUCGGGUUAUCAGAGAGCGGCGAAGGUCUUCUAUGAUCUCGCUAUCGAGGCAAACGAGAGAGGCGACUACUUCCCCGUGUGGGGGACCUGCCUCGGGUACGAGCAGCUGACGGUUCUGACCAGUGGAAAGGACUUGCUGUCGCUCACCAACACCAGCGGGGUGCCGUUACCGCUCAACUUCCUCCACGAAGCCAAAGACAGCAGGAUAUUUAAAGGCUUCCCGGCUGAACUCCUUCAGGACCUGGCGUCGGAGCCGCUGACGGCCAACGCUCACAAGUGGAGCAUAGCGGUGUCGACUCACAACUCGAACAAGGAGCUGAACAACUUCUACAAAGUAAUCUCCACCAACACGGACGGAGCCACCGAGUUUGUGUCCACGGUGGAAGCGUACGAUUACCCGAUUUAUGGGGUGCAGUGGCAUCCGGAGAAGAACCCGUUUGAAUGGAGGAGGCAUUACAUUCCACACUCUCCAUCGGCCAUCCAGGCCUCCUUCUACACGGCCGACUUCUUCGUCAACGAAGCCAAGAAGAGCUCCCACAGGUUUGAAUCUCUGGAGGAGGAGGCCAAGGCGCUGAUCUACAACUACAGCCCCGUCCACACCGAGUCCACUGGGGUGUUUGAGCAGAUCUAUUUCUUCUGAUGUUUGUUUGCACAAUAGCUUUCAUUCAUUUUCAACAGCAAAAAAAAAAAUCUUCUUUUUUUGUGCCUUUUUAUCCUUAUUUCAACAAUUUAAUCUGUAACCUUCAGUUGGUUCAGUGUGUGUGGACGCUGAGUUCACACUCGAGUAGAACGAAUAGUACAGAGCGCUUACUGGGAUGUUUUAGCAAUGAAUACUUAAGUUCACGGUGUGUGUGUGUGUGUGUGCCAGCCAAUAAAAAAAAAAAGAAGAAAUGUAUUACGUUGACAUCAAUAAGAUAGCAGAAAACAACUAUUUGAUAAGUAAAUCUAGUGGACCCCCGAGUCGAGGAGGAAGUCGCCUCCCUCUUGUUUCGUGCUGUUGGAGAAAUGUUUUUAACCCUUGUGUUGCCUUCGGGUCAUUUUGACCCGAUUCAAUAUUUAAGAUUAGUCGGUACGUUUUUGCUGAGAUUGAUUUUAAUGUAAUUUACUUCUUUAACACCGUUGUUCUAUUGGCAGAAUAAGCAAGUUCAAGGUUAAGAAAAGUGUUGCUGGAGGAGAACGGACUGUUAGGCGGUCCAGAGCCUGGGAAGAAAUGUAAUCCCAAAGGUUUUGGAAAAGUCCUGGAAAUGUUAUAUUCAUAUGUUCAUUACCGCAGUUUGAUUAAAAGAACAAGCAUUUAUAAAACUA